GAGCGGACGGAGACAUAACAAAGAAGUGUAACACGGAAAAUUAUGACCAAACUUUUGGACUGUAUUGCCAAGUAAUAUUAAUUGUGUUCCAGCUUUCUACCUGGUUGUUUCUCUCUUGGUUCCCUUUUUAUUUAUAUAUACGAGUCUUGCACAUUGCCAAGUAUAUAUUUAGCAAACUAAUCACAUGCACUCACACGAAUUAAAAAACAGAGAGAGAGAUUAGAGAGAGACCAGAUGGGUACGCAAGAAAGUGGAGUAGUAGUGGGAAAAGAUGAUGAAGCAGGAUUGCUUCCACUGUUUGAGAGAAAAGCAGGAAGAUUGAGAGGAGCUUAUAGGGUGUUUUCUUCAACAAUAAUGGUGGGAAUAUGUUUGAUAUGGUUUUACAGGUUAUCAAACAUCCCUAAUGGAGAGGGAGAGAGAGGGAAAUUAUGGGCUUGGAUUGGUAUGUUCAUGGCUGAGCUUGGUUUUGGAAUUUACUGGAUCUUUACUCAGUCAUCGAGAUGGAAUGUUUCUUAUUCUCACCCUUUCAAAGACAGACUUUCUAACAGAUACGAGGAGAAGUUACCAGGUGUGGACAUUUUUGUUUGCACAGCAGACCCCAUAAUGGAGCCACCAACCUUGGUGAUUAGCACUGUUUUAUCAACAAUGGCCUAUAAUUAUCCACCAGAGAAGCUGAGCAUUUAUCUAUCUGAUGAUGGAGGGUCUGAAUUCACGUUCUUUGCUCUCCUUGAGGCCUCUCAUUUCUCUAAGGAUUGGAUUCCUUUUUGCAAGAGAUUCAAGGUUGAAACAAGGUCACCAGAGGCCUAUUUUGCCUUGGAUUCUUCUUCGCUACAGGACAGCAAGUUUGGUCAGGAAUGGUUGGCUAUCAAGAAACUGUAUGAAGAAAUGAAAAACCGGAUCGAAUCAGCUAUUGAAACAGGCAAGAUUCCAAAAGAAACAAGGGAUCAACAUAAAGGAUUCUCAGAAUGGGAUUUUAACAUAACAAAGCAGAAUCAUCAGUCUAUUGUCCAGAUCUUAAUCGAUGGGAGAGACAUAAAUGCCACUGACAACGAUGGAAAUCGAUUGCCAACACUAGUAUACAUGGCAAGAGAAAAGAGACCACAGUGGCAUCACAACUUCAAGGCUGGAGCCAUGAAUGCACUUAUGAGAGUGUCAUCUGAGAUAAGCGAUGCACCAUUCAUCCUCAACUUGGACUGUGACAUGUAUGCCAACGAUUCAGAUACAGUACGAGAGACAUUGUGUUUCUUCAUGGACGAAAAGGAAGGCCAUGAGGUAGCAUAUGUGCAGUUUCCACAGAAUUUUGACAAUCUCACCAAGAAUGAUAUAUAUGCAGACGCUGCUUUUGUAACGAGUGGGGUUGAGCUUGCUGGAAUGGGUGGCUAUGGUGCAUCAAUUUACUGUGGCACUGGAUGCCUCCAUCGAAGAGAAGCUCUUGUUGGAAGGAAGUAUAUCAAGGGUUCUAGUGGACAAUGGAACAUAAAGAGCAAAAAGAAUGUUGACAGAAGUAUCAAUGAUUUGGAAGAAGCAUCAAAAGUUCUUGCUAGUUGCAGCUAUGAGAAGGAUACGCAAUGGGGGAAAGAGAUGGGAUUGAUAUAUGGUUGUCCUGUUGAAGAUGUUAUAACCGGGUUGGCAAUCCAAUGCCGGGGUUGGAAAUCAUUGUAUUACAAUCCAGAUAGAAAAGCCUUCUUAGGUGUUGCUCCGACGACCUUAGAUGCAGAGCUUCUUCAGCACAAAAGGUGGUCUGAAGGCAUGUUUCAGAUAUUUGUCUCCAAGUAUUGCCCUUUUACAUAUGGACAUGGAGUGAUCAAAUUAGGUGCUCAGAUGGGAUACUGUGUAUAUCUUUUAUGGGCUCCUACUUCUUUGCCAGUUCUGUACUACGUGGUCGUUCCCUCCAUUUGCUUGCUCAAUGGUGUCUCCUUGUUUCCAGAGGUUUCAAGUCUGUGGCUCCUGCCCUUUGCUUAUGUUAUUGCGGCCAGUAAUGUAUACAGCAUCUUUGAAUUCCUGAGCUGUGAUGGUACACCGAAAGGUUGGUGGAACUUUCAAAGGUUGUGGUUGAUUAGAAGGACUAGUUCUUAUUUCUUCGGUUUCCUGGAUACCAUUCUGAGGCAACUAGGACUAUCCCAAACAAAAUUUUCUCUCACUACAAAAGUGAUGACAGAAGAUGUGUUAAAGAGGUAUGAACAAGAGGUGAUGGAAUUUGGAAGCUCAACGAUAAUGUUCACCAUAACAUCAACACUGGCAUUGCUCAACUUGUUCACUUUAGUUUGGGGAAUCAAGAAGGUUGUGUUGGAUUUCAGGGCACCAGACCAGUUGAUCCUGCAGAUUAUUCUUUGUGCCCUGGUAGUUUUGGUCAAUUUGCCAGUAUAUCAAGCACUUUUCCUUCGCAGUGAUAAGGGAUGCAUACCUUCCUCUGUUAUGUUCAAGUCCAUUGUUCUAGCUUCACUUGCAUGCUUGAUUCCUGUUAGUUAGGAUGGCUUUCUAUAAACUUGGACAACGAAAGUGUAACGACAUGAAUGAUUUUGUUUUUUUUUUCCAAACUCUUGUAUGACCAACAAUUGUUAAUUUACUUAGUAUUCCAACGAAUGUACACCAUUUUUCCUUCUUC